UCCUAUUUGCAAAAUUUAAAAAGACUUUAGCAAACGUUCUAUUACUGAAAAGAAAAUUGGUCACGAAAGGAUUAAUUUGCUUUUUGUCUUUUUCUAAUUCUUAAAACUAGUGACCUUUAUUUUUUAAACAAGUCAAACCUGGAUUGAAGUUAGUCUACGUUGAUAAAGAGAUCGGCGUAGGAAAUGAUUAUUUUAAAUUGUAUGAACAUUGAAACUCCCGCCGCGCACGCGCGAAUGCAUCAGCGUAGCACCGAAGAUCAACAUGGCGCCGGACGUCGUGCCGCCCGUCUUGAAAGUAUUUGCAGCCGUUCCAACGUCGGAUAGAUGUUAGUUAUCACGCGAUAUUCAUCUCUCUCUGAAUUCUAACCGACGAGGGACACGCGCGUGUGUCGCCUGAGAGCGAGGAUGCUGCUGACGCUGAAGCCGGAUCACAAGAGGCACGUGCUGUUUCUGGCCGAGCAAUCGUCGCCAGUUUUGCAGGAUUUCUGCAAACUGGCGUUGGAUUACUUGCAGAAGGGUCCGAACGUCAAGGUCUACAACGCCGCCGCGCAGAAGUUGAACGUCGAGCUGGACGUGAUUAAGAAUUCAGUGGAGGGUUUGGUCAAUCUCUUGUUGGAGAGCUGCAAGCACAAGCUGAGCGCGGAGGAUUUCCGGGACUCCGUGGUUGCCUUGGGCUUCACGGAAGACAAGGAAGCGAUACUGAGCAAAUUGUACAGCGUUAAGAAGGACGAGGUCUCGGACUCGUUGGAAGAGAUUGGAUUUAAACUGCCUGGAUACCAGGACUUGGAGUGGAGGUUUGAAGUGCAGACCGCGUCGAGAUCCCUGUUGAAACAAGUCGCGCCACUCGUCACUCUGGAUCUGUCGCUGAAGAAUCCCGACAAUCCGGAGGAAAUUGAACAUAUUCUGCUGCAAGCCGAUCCGACUAACUUGCUUCACAUGACGCGAGAGCUGGAGGAAGCUCUGCAGGAGAGUCGCAGCCAGCACAUUCGCAGAAUCUCGAGAGCAGUAAAAUGAGGCUCUUUGCGAUUUGUAUAAUCAUUGAGGCAAUUUGUAAAUAUAAUGUAUAAUAUACGUAUAAGAAUAGAUAUAAUAAUGUAUAAAUACGUAUAAAAAUUGGUAUAAGUGUGAUGUCCAGGAUCAAAUAAAAAGACUUCUCUACAAA